GAGUCACUGCAGUCACAGGCUCACAGCUCGCAGCUGGAGGACAAAGCAUCGACAACGCUAAUGCAGGAGGAUGCUCUGACGAUCCGUUACCACCCAGAAUAAUACCCGGACAGUGCCUUGAGAGGACGAAUACGACGGUUCAUGACUGGUGGCGACUUCGAGUACAGAACGGAACCGAACUCUGACAUACGCGAACCUGACAUUGCGGCUAGUACUGGGGCGGUAAGAUACGGUAUCUCGGCGAUUCAACGUGGCAACGGGAGGUACGGUCCCGUCACACAGGAACCACACGGGCUGCGGCAAACCCUCCAGAACUCCAGGCCUCCAAUUAUCCAGACAUCCAGCUUCCUCGUCCUUCUUCCUUUCCUUUCUCUCUUCCACCAACAGAAAGAACUCGACGAAAUAAAUAUCGCGGGAGUCCACCAAUUCCCCUUUUUUGAGCUCUUCGUCAUCUACCUACCCCUCCUCCAACUCGCCUUUGGGAUUCUCUGGUUCCAAAGGCCCCAGUCACCACGGCUCACACAGCCGGUUUCCUGCUCCCCCGUCACAUUGUAUCCCCUCGACGUCUUCGAGACACUCUUAACAACAUCCCCCCUCCUGCUACUGCUCCCCCGAGUAUUCACUCCGAUCGGCGCGCCAUUUUCCCACACCCUGACGCCCACUGAGAUUUUCCCCUCACCCAUUGAGCUGCCGCAUAGGACUUCUCUGACGGUUCUUCCUCUUAAGGAGGAAGGGUCUAGGAGGCUUGGUCCAGUCAACUACGGUUGCGAAACUUUUCGCCCUCCCUAGCACGCAGUCGCGUAUCUAAAUCUACCAACUUUUCAUCUUUUUUUUGUCAAGUCAUAUCCCGUGCUCCGUUGCAACACAGGGUUAUGGCACCGACUGCUUGCGUACCUGCUGAAGUAUGCAUGACGAACCUUUAUGACAAACCGGACUUUUAUGUCAAUAAAGGUCUUGAACUCAGCAAUCAUGGAGAGGGCGAACUUUCGCA